UAUGGCAAACUUUGAUGGGAUGUCUUGAGAAUCGGGAGACAGAACAGAGCAACGUCUUGAAAACACUGCUGGAAAGUUGGGGGGUUUUAAUUUUGAAGCUUUGGGUUGGUUGGUUUUCCUUUUUAAUUCUUUAUUCCAAAGAGAGGAAAUUGGAUGAUCUCCCGUGCAACUAAAAAUCAGUUGCCUGUGGAUUAUGGGUACAACUGCCAGCACAGCUCAGCAGACAGUAGCAACAGCAACAUUUGAGAAUAUUCACGGCAGUGGAACCAUGGAGGAUCAUCAUUCCCUCAGCAUUCACUCCUUCCAGACCAUUGGCCUCCACAAUAACAAAGCCAAGUCUAUUAUCACUAAUAAGGUGGCGCCUGUUGUCAUUACUUACAAUUGCAAAGAAGAGUUUCAAAUACAUGACGACUUAUUGAAAGCCAGCUAUGCUGUGGGGCGGAUUACAGAAUCUACUCCAGAACACUAUCUUGUACAGGGGAAAUAUUUUAUGGUCCGUGAUGUAUACAGCAAAUUAGAUGUCUUGAAUACUUCCAGCACUUGUGGGGCUCCAAACUUUCGACAGGCCAAAGGGGGAUAUGCAGUGUUUGGGAUGGGCCAGCCCAGCUUUGGUGGAUUCAAGCAAGUCCUGCAGAAACUCCAGAAUGAUGGUCAUAAGGAAUGUAUUGUGUUUUGUGUUCGUGAAGAACCUGUACUUUUUCUACGUAUGGACAAUGAUUUUGUCCCCUACACUCCAAGAGGAAAGGAAAACUUGCGUGAGAAUCUACACGGCCUGCAGAGAGGAGUCAAAGUAGAAAACCUGGAACUCUCUAUUCGGAAAGAGAUACAUGAUUUUGCCCAGCUGAGUGAGAAUAUAUAUUACGUCUAUAAUGAUAUUGAACAUUUCAAAGAUGAACCGCAUUCAGUCAACAUCCUCUGUGAAGAAGACAUCCAUGUGACAGAGGAAGUGUACAAGAGGCCCAUCUUCCUGCUGCCAUCUUACAGGUACCAUCGACUCCCUUUGCCUGUGGAUGGAGCUCCUUUAGAAACACAAUUUGAUGCUUUCAUCAGUUUCCUCAGGGAAAGUCCAAACCUGCUCCUUCUCCAAGAUCCCAGCAAGCCACCUCCUGCUCUGGUUUUUAGUUGCCAAACUGGUGUUGGGAGGACCAAUUUAGCCAUGGUCUUAGGAACUCUAGUUCUCUAUCACCGUAAAGGUGGCCUACAAAAACAAGACCUUCCACAGUCUACCAAAUAUUCACCCAGGGAACAAUUUCGAAUUAUUCAGAACUUCAUCAGCAUGGUACCCAAUGGCCAGCAGAUAGUGGAGGAGGUGGAUUCUGCCAUUGCCUUGUGUUCAGAAAUGCAUGAUAUGAAGGAAGCCAUCUAUGAAUACAAGAGGAAAUUGGAAGGAACUGGAGAAGAUUAUCAAAACCAGAAGAACAGCACCAAAGAGUAUUUCCUUCAGAAGACAUUACAGAGACUUGAACGCUAUUUCUUCUUGAUUGCUUUCAAUUAUUACCUUCAUGAACAGUAUCCCUUGGCUUUCGCUCUCAGUUUUAGUAGAUGGAUCUGUAGGCACCCUGAACUGUACAGACUUCAAGCAAAUAUGAAUCUGUCAGAACUUAGAAUCACAGGGGAGCAGAUAAUAAAGGGAGUACGGGUGCUGGUUGUGGAUGAACGGUUUUCUCCAGAUGUUCUUAGCACUGUCAAAGACAUGAAUGUGGCCAACUUCCGGAGGGUCCCCAAAAUGCCUGUGUAUGGAAUGGCUCAGCCUAACUCCAAGGCAAUUGGGAAUGUCUUGAACUACCUGACAGAUGCAAAGAGGAAACAUUCUCACAUCUUAUGGAUUAAUCUCCGCGAAGAGGUUGUUCUAGAAGAGAAUGAACAAACCUAUACCCUCCGGGAAAUUGGCAAUCUGGAACAGCAGAUAACAGUACCUGUAGUGUCAUCAGAACAACUAGAGAAACUGGAAUCUGUCUUGAAGAACGAUCUGUUGAAAUCCCAGAAAUGGAUUGAGGUUUAUUUGGAACAGGAGAAGCAGAUGAAAAUGUUUAAAUCAUGCCUAACCAUGCAGGAGAUAUUUAACCAGCACAAAAGCAGUUGCCAGGGGCUGGCAUACAAACGGAUCCCAGUUCCAGACUUCUGUGGCCUGAAGGAGAAGGAUUUUGAUCAGAUGCUGGAAGCCAUGAGGGGUGCUUUGGCUGAAGACUCUCACACAGCCUUUGUGUUCAACUGUCACAGUGGCAGAGGAAGAACCACAACAGCCAUGGUUAUUGCUGUCCUCAUCCUUUGGCAUUUCAAUGGAAUCCCUGAGAUAAUGGAGGAUGAGAUCGUGAGUGUGCCUGAUGCCAAGUACACAAAAGGAGAAUUUGAGGUGGUAAUGAAGGUGGUUCAGAUAUUGCCAGAGGGACACCGUAUGAAGAAGGAAGUUGACAUGGCAUUGGAUACUGUGAGCGAAACAAUGACGCCUAUGCACUAUCACCUGAGAGAAAUCAUCAUUAGUACUUACAGACAGGGAAAAACCGCAAAGGAGGAACCAGAGAUGCAGACAUUACAGCUAAGGAGCCUGCAAUUCUUGGAACGCUAUAUUUAUCUCAUUCUGUUCAACGCGUAUCUUCACUUGGGGAAAAAAGACUCCUGGCCAAAGCCUUUCAGCAUCUGGAUGCAUGAGGUGGCGGCCAAGGCGGGUGUCUAUGAGAUCCUGAACCAGCUGGGUUUUUCUGAAUUUGAAACUCUGGAGAACAGACCACUCUCCCGGCUUCGCUACCGUUGGCAGGAGCAAAGUCGUAGCUCCCUGCCAUUCCGAGGAGAGUUCAUUUAGGACCCAACGUUAUUAAGGGCCUGAAGGACUGCAGCACUUCUCCAGAUGUAGCCAAAUCAUUUUCUUUUUCUACUAUUCUGAGUGGAUUUUUAAGUUCAUUUAUAUAUAUAUAUGUAUAUGAAAAAUAUGUGCCUUAAAGAAGGACUGUGUCUCCAAGAAAAAGAGGUAAAACUACCCUGAAGACCUUUUAGGGUCUUUCAGAUAGAAUAAAAUAAAUUCAAACAAAGCAGAUGCUCUAUACUUUCUCCUGAUUCCCAGGGUGCCACAAAAGCUUUUUUUCAAAGACUUUUUUUGAGGACUUGGUGCCCAAGGUAACUUGUAUAUUAUGUAUAUGCAGAUGUAGGAAGCAUUUAAUAGGCAGUUCCAUAUGACUUAAGUAUUUCUCGUGCUUGAACCUCAUUGUUUUGUUACAAUAAUUCAAAUGUACAUUUGUGAUACUUCAACUGGUAGUCACCAUUGCUGGGCAGUUGUACUAUGCUAAGAAUGGGAGUUUACCUAUACUGUCCAAUGUGGGUUUUUCACUGCAUGCAUAAGAGGAUGCUGAAAUUUCUAGAGUGUCUGGGAUUGCAUAUAUAUGGUGCUUAUCUGAAUACAGCAAAUGGUUAGAUUCACCUAUCCUGCCCUAUCGGUGUGAACUGGGUUGGGGAACCUAUAGACUGGUAGAUGUUAAACUAGAGUUCAUCAUUCGUAAUGUUGGCAUUGUUAAUAGGAGCUAGAGAGCAACAACAUCUGCAAGGUUGUAGGUUCCUCGUCUUAGUGUAGAUGCUUCCUUCCGGACAAUAAUUUUAGGCUUUGGGACUACUCUGCACUAGGUUUAAUGUGCAAAUGUAUAGGUUGAGCCAAUUUUGAGCAAGCAGCUAUGCUAGCUGCAGAAUGGUAUCAGCACCUAUAUUCCUGGAGUCCCAGCUCCAACUCUUGGUCUUCUUUCUCAAAUGCAGACUGCCAGCAAUAAUGACAUGUCCUUCUGCACCAGGUCUGUCCAGUCAAGAAUUUUGUGUACUCAGCCACCCAUAAGCAGCUCACAUUAGUUCACAUGACUAAUCUGCAUAUACCAAAGACUAAGUGGACUCUGCCUUAGUUUGAUUCAAAUUGGAAUUCUUUUCUACUGCCAAGACCUUAGACUUAAGAUAUGAGAUUUUAAAUAGAAAUUGUAGGGAUUGAAUCUGAAGUCAUGCAAUCUACCGCUGAGAGACGUGUCCCUAAAGUAUCAUUUCUAACUCUACUUACAGCUGACAGCUAGUGGCUAGUCUCCCUCCAGCGUUUUAGGUUCAGGAAUCUUCGAAAACAGCAAAGGUUUCUUCUUUCAGAUAAUAAUGCACUAAAGAUUCCUCAGAGAAAAGGAUAAUUUGAUGAUACAUUUUGGGCUUGUACAUUUUACCUUAGCUUUUGCCAUACACUUUCAAUCAUACUAGUCCAGUCAUGUGAACAAGAAAUUGACCUUCACUUUUAAAAGCAAAAGUGGAAAUUUCUAGGGUGCUGGGUUACACAUUUAUAUGCUUUCUGCGUAUGUAUCAUCCUACAUUUAUGAUAGCAUUUUUAACACCGGUCUGUUCCUUCUCAACAGUAGGCUAAGUGCAGUAUGGAGAAACAGUAUUUGCUGCUUCUGAGGAGAACAUCCUAAAUCAAGAGCUACCGCUUCAAAAAAACGCUUGUGGAUUGUGAGAAGAACUAUUUUAACUUGGAAAUUAAAUUUAGGUCCUCUACUAUACUGCAAGAAAAAGUUAAUUUUAAGUGUUACAGCAACAAGAAGUUUGAUUUGUUACCCUUUAACUCCAGGCACCAACUCUAGAUGACACCAGUGCUGCUUCUGUGCUUCCUGAUGAAGCUAGUGUAUGUGCUACAGAAUAUCAUAGUGUGAAAAACGUUUCCAGGCAAACCGUUUUGAAUUUAGGAUGCUCCAUUCUGAGGGUGAAGCAGUUGGUUUGAGGGUGGAAAGGGCUGCUGCAAACAUUUUGGAAGUGAUUUUUGCUCAGGGCAGCUCUGUUGCAUGGAGCCCUGCUUCAAGCUUGAGUCAUUUCCAUUAAACCUGAACUGGCUACUUUGCGCUUGAGACAGAAUGUUUUGGACUUAAAGCCCUUUGUGCAUCUUUAAUAUUGUAUCAUUUCCCCCCCUUAACUACUCUUUCAGUUUUGUUUUGCGUUUUUUGCUGCUUUGUUUCCCCAAUUUUUUUUUCUGCUUCAUUUUUCUCCAACACAGAAAUGCAGAACCUGUGAGCCUCCAUGCAUUGCUGAGGUACAACUCCUAGUACAAGCUACCCGUAGUUAUGCCCGGAAUUGUAGUUCAGCAGCAUACGGAAGGCUACUGGUUCCCUGUUUCUGACGCCACAGAACUUAACAGGCUUGCAAGCCUUUGCUGAAGAUGCAUUUUCAGCAGAACAAGCAAGGAAGGGUUUUCACCCCACCCUGCUUUAAAACUUGCAUUUUUGACAUGCACCAAAAUGAUACUGAAUCGUGUGAGUGCUGUUUUGUCUUCACGGUCAGCCUGUGCAAACAUGCUAGAAGUGUGUUGUUAUAAGAAAAAGAUCUUCAUGAAUAAGAUGUUGUGAAACGAAACCAAACCCUGGAAGAGGAUAGUCUAGCUUGAAUUCAAAUAAGGCCAUGUAUACAUUUGAGUAUAAUGGGACAGGAGGGGAGGGCCUGGAGCUUUCCUUAGAACAUUUAUUUUGUGGGGACUGAGGUGGAUGGUUAAGCAUAAGGAAUAAGUUAAACAAAAAGAGCAGUUUAUAGACCUACCAAACAAUGGUUCCUUUGUGAAAUGAAAGAGAGUAUGCCCAUCAAUCAACAGAGAUCUUUAGAAAUCUCAUUUACUAUCUUAGGGAUGCCUCAGUAUGUAAUUAAUUCAACCGUAAUUGCAUCAAACUCCACUCCUUUGAUCAUAUCCGUGCAUGAACUGCAAGUUCAAAUGACAUCCCCUGCCUUCUCUUUCUUUUCAUUCAGUCGGUUGCCAAACCAUAGGGUGAUUUAGCAAACAUUUCUUGAAUUUUCAGCUGCUCCUAGAGUGUUACUUGGCUUUAUCAUUACAAUACAACUCCUGAGCUAAUCUUGGAUUGGACAAAAAAUAUUAUUACUACAGUUCUACUGAAGAGUGAAUUCAGAUUUGAUUAUAAAUUUUAAAAAAAAACACACACACAAAUAUGGGUACUGAGAAAUUACUACAGUGUGGCAGUCUCACAAUACUGGUGAGAGGUUGUGCAGUCUUCCUCCAGGAAGACCAGCACUGCCUGGCAUUUUCCAAGAACAGGUGAGCAACCUAGUACCUUCUGGGUCUGCUGGAGAACAACUCCCAUUUGCCCUGGCCAGUGUGAGUAUGGCAAUGGUGGAUUAAAAUGUCUGAAGAUCAUCAGAUUGUCUACCCCUGUUUUGGAGCUUACAGAAUUCUUCUCUCGGACAUCUCAGGAGUGCCAAACCAGGAAGACUAAAAUAGAGCUUAUCAUGAGAAAGAAGGCCCAAUUGAGUAGAAGGCGUCAGUAAUUCAUUCUUGUCGGUUAAGAGGGGAAACGCACCUCUGACUCAGCUGGUUACUACAUGGAGGUAAUCAUUUAAUGUUCUUAGGAGUGGUCCACUGUUGCUGCCUCUUAGAAUUUGUGUUAAGUUCCCAGUCAGUCCUACAACCCUCACUGGUGGUAUCUCCAUCUAAUUUGGAUUAACCCUGUUUAGCUUCUAAACCCAGACCAAAUCAGCCAAGUGCUAUCUCUGUUCACUAGUAUCUAAAAUUAAGCCACCUUUGAUCCUAAUAAAAUAGCUACUAAUAAGUCAUAGCAGGAUUAACGUUGAGAGAUCCCUGCAUCUUUUUUAGCUGUGUAUCCAGAAUUUGCUUAAAUUAUGCUUGUCAUGUUUUAAUGGCAGGUGUUCAGUAAUCAAAUAUUAGUAAUGUACAUAUAUUGGUGGAGGAGAGGACGGUUAUGUGUAUCUUGGUGCAUCAGAAAACGUGUGCAAUGUUGCUUUGUUUUGCACCAGACCAAGCCAGGACUGGGGAGAUGAUACAAAUACUUGGGAGGUAACCUUAAUGUAUUUGCAUGGACAUGUCCCAUCAUCCAGUUCUGAAAGAGAGAUGGAAAACCUGAUGUUGCUGCAUUGCAAAUCUAAACAGCCAGCCAGCGUGGCCAGUGGUGGAAGUUAGAAUUUAGCAAUAUCUGGAAGACCAGAUGUUCCCAACCUUUGUGGUAAUACUCAGAGAACCUUCAUCAAUGAACUACUUCAAUUUAAAUUUGGAUUUUGCCAGUUACUUUUAGUAUAACAUCAAAUAUUCAGAAAAUACAAGUUGGCUGGAGGAAGUCCAGACAUUCCCCAUAUGGCUUUCUAUAACCUUAAUGCUGCAUGUCCACAAAUCUUUCGUGGACUUAGUAGGACCAUUCAUUGCGAAUAUCUGAUAGGAAGCAACUUGUUCCACUGAAUGUCUCACACACAGGCAAAAGCUAAUACAAAUUGUGAGGUCCAAUUUUACCUCAGGCCAAAAUAGGACAUGCUUGCAUUCUGAGCAAAUGAUUAUUUUUCCCCUUCUUUAGAGCUGGGUUAAAUACUCCAGAAAUUAAUAUUUUUAUUCUGAUGAUAAAUUGUUUUUUAAAAUGUGCAAUGAAAAACAUUGUCUUUAACCAUGGUGACAACUGGGUUAGUACUGUAGCAUGAUGGAGGUAGAGUAUCUAUAGCCAACCAGGAAAAAUGGUGAGGUGGGACAUGGGUAAUUUACUUGCAGAUAGUUAAACAAUAAAAGUUCCUAUCAUUACAUAUUAUUUAGCACAUAGUAUUUGAGGUAGUUGCUAUUUACUGUAUAUCAGAUUUGAUCCAAACUUAGUAAUUUAAUUCUGUAAUCAGACUUUCAUCUAUGCCAAGAGUAUUCUCUUUUUUUUUUGGUAAAAAAUUAAGACUCCUGGGUUAUGUAUUACAGCAUGAAGAGAAUGAAGAGAAGUGAGGUCAACUGGGAAGAACAGGAAGGGACAAUUUUAUAUACUAAAAUAGCUUCAGUAAUCGUUAGCAAGAGUAGACAAUAAUACCUGGUGUUGGUAAGCUAGUUCAAGCACAAAGGAUAGUUUUAAAAGUGCAAAAUUAGAUUAGGAUCAGCUUGGCCUGAUCCAACCUGUAAUGCUUUUCCUGCAUGUUCAGCAAGUUUCCCUGCAUAUGCUAUUAUAAUAGUGAAAUUAAAAGAAAAAUCUGCAAAGAAGGCCAGUUUAAUUCCUCAUCAUACUGUAGGUGGGAGAGUUUAGGCUUGGCCAGGGAUCAUGACCUGUGGCCUGAAGCACACACUUUCAGUACCAAGUAUACUUUGAUUUGCAGUGUGGUAUGUGUCCUCUCAAUUCCUGCUUUUUAGUUUGCACAUCUCAAAGUCUAGCUAGCCUUUCCUAACUUUGCUCUAACUACUGUGUCCAAAGCAUAUCCUUGGAGCUUAGCAAGAAUCUUGCAGUGAAUGAAACAGUUCUCAUUGUCCAUACUUCAAACUGGCAUUUCAGAGUUCUGACGGCUCAUCGGUCAGUCUUUCUGACUGACAUUAGGACUUUUGCCAAGGAAUAAAUGCUUCCAAAAUACACCAUUGAGAACUAGAGUUGUGUUGAAAAGGGCAAAUAGAAAUCAGUUUGAAAAAUAACCAGGUACAGCAUGUUUCAGCAAAAACAUGGCAUGGUAAGUAAUCCUAUGACAUUGCAUUUCAGUAUUUUGGAGAAACCGUUUAUCCUUACUCACAAACCAGGAAAGGAAUUUGUAACUGAUGAAUGGCAUUGACCUCCACUUGCUGAAAUGCUAGAAAAAUCAGAUUAGUUUCUCAUCAACGUCUUCCUAUACAUAAAGUGAAUAUUGCUAUCAACAAUUUUCAUGAACAACUUUGUUUAAAAAGUAGCUCCUGAAAACCAUUUUGAGGUAUAAGAAAAUCAUAAGUUCUUGUGACAUGGAGUUAUUUUUCUUGAGGGGAGGGCUUAAAAGUUGAAUAAGGGUACCAUUAAAUCCUGCUUUAAAACUUGCUCUGUUACCUAUGGCCUUCUGAGAAGUCCCUUGUGAGUUUAACAGGCUCCCCAACCUCCUGUGACAUGAAAUGCUUUUUCUUUGCCUUCUACCUGUUCCAAGGCAUGCCAAGGAAGAAACAGAUCGACCUUGUUGAAGGUCAGAGCUGAUGACUUGGCAGAGGUCUUCUAAAGUUAGGCCAAAGUCACCACCCCAUUUUAGACUACAGGAGUAGAUUCAUUUCUGGGGUAUAUACAUGUAUAUAAAUAUUGCAAAGUCACCUUGUAAUAAAUAUUUGAUUAUUUUACUUUGACAUGGAGGCUGUCCUGCUGCUAAGAAGGUUCUGCUCUUCCAUCUCCAAUUCCCACUUGACAUCAAGCAUCUCGUGCGGCAAGAUACCUGAGCAUGUAGCCAUGUGAUAAUACAAUUGCUACUGUUCAUGUUCGUGACUUUCAAAGCAGUAUUUUGCCUUCAUUUUUCAGGUGGUCAUUCAAUUAAAUUAUGUUUUGAUGGAGGGAUUUGGGGGAGCCUCACAGAUCUCUUGACCUAAUAAUCAGGAUUCCAUAAAAAGAAAUUUGAAGUUUCUUUGCGCAAAGAAAAUUGUGAUCUGUGCUUACGAGCGCUGAUUUCAUCUGAACGUGGCUUAUGCACCUAAAGAUAAAAACUCUUUUAUCUCUGUAUUCAUUGAUCAACUGUUAUAUAUGUCUGGAAUAUUUUCUCAGACUGAUUUACUGAUUGAUACCUGGGUUCAUAGAUCAUGUCAGAAUUAACUGUUGUGCCCAAAAUACUAAUAGCUAUUUGGAAUGCAUUCAAGAGUUCAUGCAAGUACAGUGGAAUUCCUUCUUUUAGUGUGAACAAUUCCUCCAAACUUGCCCUGCCUUUCCCCAGUAUAUCAAAAUGGUUUCCGCAACAGCUCUCGGUUUUUGAAGUGGCUUCCGAAGGCUAGUGAAGUGGCUCUCGCUAAGGCAGUGUUUGCACAAGAGGAGCCUGAACAGCCCUUGAGGUUGUAGAGUUUGUUGUGUAGAGUCUGUUAUGAGAGCUGCCUAAAGCAAUACUACCUCAACCAUAAUCAAAUGUAUUUAGAAGGAAUGGCAGAAAGACCUCUCCAAAAUUAAGUGUUAUUUUAAUAUGUCUGCCCUACAGGAGAUGGGGUCUAAAUAAAGCAUGGCGAAGGGGUGGAAAAAAGUUAUCUCAAGCUGGUUUAUGAGUUUUGCUGUGUGUUGUUCCAUUGUUUAAGUUGUCUGGAGCCUGUCUAGACUGAAGCCUUUGAAUCCAUUUGCUUUUCAUCCACAAAGCUGUUGGAUGGUUCAGUUUCCAAGGAAAAUGGUUAUAGUUGAGCUCUUGUUUGAAUUAUAACAAUGGCUAAAUCCACCAUGUAAGAAGGGGACUACAGAGGUGACAUGUAUUUUGCCAGACAAUUUACUAGUGCUCCUUCACCUUAAUAAACAACCCUUUUGUUUCUAGAGUUACAGUGACUUUCAGUUGUUAACUAUUGUGAUAUUUUUUCCUUUCUCGGUCAAGAAAUACUUCCAAUGCCUGAUAACAUGUUCUAAUAUUCUAACCUAGUCAUGCUUGAAGACACUGGAAAGCGGGAAAAAAUAAGUAUGGUUUGAAGAAAACGAAAUGUGAAAAGUACAAAGUGUGUUGGUUGUGUAGAAACCUAUCUGUAAAGUCAGAACCUUACAAAACAGCAUUGAUGAA